UUAGUAGAUUGAGAGUCCAAAGUUCAUUAUAAUUAUUCUUCUUUAAAAAUAUUAGUUAGAUUUAGAUUAAGAGUCUUGAUUUUUGCAGUGCUAUAAAUAAUUCAGAGCUUUCAUAAAUUAAAACAAACAAAUCAAUUAAUCGAAAACCAAGCCCAGUGCUUUUUCCCGAAUUGUUUUAAUAUAGGAAUAGUUUCGAUAUUAAUCUCGCCUGAGUUUAUUAGCUUCCGGAUUAAUAUUAUUAGAUUAUUUGGUUAAGUAUUUUAAACAACGAAACACUGUGAAUAUCUUCUCACAAGUUUGUUAAAGCAUCAAAUCUCAAACCGAUCCCGAUUACAAAUUCAAAAAUUCGAGUCCGGAUUAUUUACAGGUCAACAUCUUUUGGCGACUUCACUGGAGAUCUAUUUAUGGUUUGCAUAAAAACAGACUUUAAGGACGAUUCCAGGCACGCUCAGUCUACACGCCGACAACAACUGAAACAGGGGAACAAAGUAGUAGACGAUAUCGAUUCGGACAUAGCAGAGAUCAAGGCCAAGGACAAACAGGUAACUCAGCCAAACAAAGGGGCGAAUCCCUCUUUAGCUGAUGGAACCCCUCCCAUGGACAAGAAUGAUGAGGUGACCGAUGAUUCCGGAGACUAGCUAAUUCCUCCAUCUCGCCCUUCAUUAUCACAAGCCGAUUUCUCGGCUAUGAGGGGAGAGAUCGCCCAGAAAAAUAAACAGAUAGUUGAUGGCGCGAUGUCAAACGUCAGAGGUUAUGAGAAACAUCAUGUCUGAUCAGGCAUCGGUCCAAAGACACAUUCUAAAUAACUUUCAUUGCUUGAGUAAGGCGAUGGAAAACUUGGGCAAGCUCUUUCCCGAACAAUCAGUGGCUGAACAGAGUAAUAGAAGAGCCGAACAAAACCAGACACCGAGUAGAUUCGGAUAUACAAGUAGUUCGGCCGAGCAGGUGGAGUCUACUGCACAUAUUUUGCUUGAUUGUGCAUUUGUAUGGCAAGUUUGGUCGUAUGUUAUGAGAUAUCUCUUCCAAUCGAUUGAGCAAUAACGAUUGGGUUUCGCCUUCUUCUUUAGAGAGCUUCUAUGGUAUAUGGUCUAGUCUAUGCAAAAAACGAUACAGGAUUCUAUGAAAUUCUAUAUGGUUCUUCGUCAAUUUGUCCUUAUGGAAAGUUAGAAAUUAACGUGUCUUCAAGUUCAAAACUAGUCGGAUAGAUAGUCUUAUUUUGGAUAGCGUUAUCAAGACGGCUCUUUUUAACAAGUCUUUUCAUCCGUCUUUUCUUUAUUCUAGAUUGGACGUAUUUAGAAAUUUGGAUUUUUUCUGUAUCCAAAACUGAUUAUAUUAGUUUUU